AUGAGUACACAAAUGGAAGGUCAAGAUAAUGUCCAAGACCCUACCCGACCACCUAUCGAACCACCGCUACCAGCUUACAUCCCCCCACCCAAUAAUGCAGCUACAUCAAAUCAUAAUCAAACGAUUUCACAAGACUCAACCAUGGCAAAUACAGUGACAAAUGAUACUUACUAUGCUCAAAAAUAUGAAAGUCCUCAGAAUGAAGGACAUGAUAACAAUUCUCAGGCUCCAAUAGUGGAAGAAAAAAUGGGUAGUUCUUUUAACGAGACCUUUCCUGUCGAAAAACCAAAAUUUGUGUUAAAUGAUUGGCCAUUUAUUAUCAUAUUUGGUCUUACUGUAUGUGGCUUUAUUGUCAUUGCAGCACUUACAUUUAGAGGAUGGGCCCAAACAUAUUCUACAACGGGAUCUGGUAUUUAUAAUUCCACCAAUACUGGCACACCAAAUACAAAUUUUGCCAUUAUGUUAAUCUUUGUUUGUAUUAUUUCAAUAGUUUUCUCAGGAUUGGGGCUAGUUUUAUGCAGGUAUUAUCCACGCUUCUUUAUAAUAGCAGGAAUAACAGUCAAUAUUUUAGCUGCUCUAGGGACUGCUAUAAUGUACAUGUCAUUGCAUUAUUGGUCUGCUGGUAUCGUUUUCUUAAUUUUCACAUGUUUCACAGCGUUUUGCUACUGGGGUAUGAGAAGUAGAAUACCGUUCAGUGUAGCAGUCUUGAAGAUAAUUAUCGAUGCAAUGAAAGUGUGUCCACAAACAAUGAUAGUGGGAUUAAUUGGCGGCUUAAUAGGUAGUGCAUUUGCAUUUUUAUUUUCAAUGGUAAUUGUGGCUACAUAUAUUAAAUAUUAUCCUGGUACAGAUAACCCUGCAUGUAAUGUUUCUGGAGGAAGUUGUUCAACUUCAAAAUUAAUCGGUAUAUUGGUUGCAUUGUUCUUCUGUGGUUAUUAUAUUUCAGAGGUGAUAAGAAAUGUCAUUCACGUAUCUGUAUCAGGUAUCUUUGGAUCGUGGUACUAUAGAUAUAAAUCAGAUCAAGGAAUGCCACGUUGGCCAGCAAUGGGAGCAUUAAAGAGAGGUUUGACAACAUCAUUUGGGUCCAUCUGUUUUGGUUCUUUAAUAGUUGCACUAAUUGAUACUUUAAGACAAUUCUUAAAUUUGUUAAGACAAAGUUUAAGAUCAAAUCCAAAUAACUCUAGAUGGGCGGGUAUAUUCCUUUUAUUAAUAAGAGGGAUGGUAUCAGUUUUGAAAUGGCUUGCGCAAUACUUUAACCAUUACGCAUAUUCCUUUAUUGCCCUUUAUGGGAAGACAUAUUUGAACGCUGCCAAAGAGACAUGGCAUAUGAUAAGGUACAAAGGAAUAGACGCAUUGAUUAAUGAUAGUUUAAUAAACACAGCGUUGGGUUUUUAUGCAUUAUUUGUGAGUUAUAUUGCAACUUUAUUCGCCUUCUUAUAUUUAAGGUUUACCAGUCCGGGAUAUAACAGUAUUGGCGCAUUUAAUGGGUCGUUUUUGGCAUUUUCAUUCGUCAUUUCCCUACAAAUUUGUAACAUAGCUAGUGAAGUUAUCAAAUCAGGGGUUUCAACAUUCUUUCUUGCUCUGGCAUACGAUCCAGAAGUUUACCAGGUCACAUACCCUGAACAAUUUGAUGAAAUCUUCCGUUCUUAUCCUCAAGUUCUUGCAAAAUUAGUACAGAACCAAGAGGUAUAA